CGACAUCACUAUUCACAGCAUCAUCAGCAUCAUCAGCAUCAUCAGGAUCACCAGCAUCCUCAGCAUCCUUCCGUGGACGACAGCCAGCCAGCUACCUUGCCAUCCUUCAAGGCACCCAGGUCGGUCGUACAGCACCCGUACCUGUUGUGCAUCGACUCGACUCAGCCUCCUGCCGUUUUGUACGACUCCGGCGAGCAGCCCACGGUGGGCUAAACACUUCAAUCGCCCCUCUGGAGCGAGCUCUUCGGACGCGUUUGUGUAGGCAGCUGCGUCUUUAAAACUCUUUUCUUCCCGUACUCGUCGAGGACUGUCGUCGUUGUCGCCACUGUCUUGGACUCCGUGAAGACUGCCAGCUAGGUGAGGCUUAGGCUAGGAACAGCAGCUUCGAAGAUGGACCACGACUUCCUGGGGGAGUCGGCUGUACCCCCGACAUAUACACGCACGUACGGCGGAAACGCCGCAUUCCACAACUUUCACAAUGACUAUUCACAUAUUCAAGAUGCAAACCUCCGGAGGAGGUUGGCGCUUUCAGAGAUUGAUAAGGUUCCAUUCGGAUGGUACCACGUCAGGGCGGUCGUGGUGGCAGGUAUAGGGUUUUUCACGGACUCGUACGAUAUUUUCGCCAUCAAUCUAGUUACUUCAAUUCUAGGUAUGGUAUAUUGGCAGCAGACCAACCAAGGGGUGUUACCUACGAACGUCAGCACUGCUCUCAAAGCUGCAACAUCCGGAGGUGCUGUGAUAGGACAAGUUGGAUUUGGAUGGCUUGCAGAUCUUAUUGGGAGAAGAAAGAUGUACGGAAUGGAGCUCGCUAUCAUUAUCAUCGCGACCUUGGCCCAGUCCCUGUCAGCCCCGAGUAGCGCUGUAACGAUGACUGGACUGCUGGUAUUCUGGAGAGUAAUAAUGGGAAUCGGUAUUGGCGGAGACUACCCAUUGUCUGCUGUUAUCACUUCAGAGUUCGCUCCAACACGGUGGCGUGGUGCGAUGAUGGCCGCCGUCUUUUCUAUGCAAGGAGCUGGUCAAUUUGCUGCGGCGCUGGUUGCCUUGAUAACCACCGUCGGCUUUAAGGGGUCUUUCCUCAACACCACGGGGGCAUGGUCAAGCUGUGGGGAUGAUUGUCAGCUGGCAGGUGAUCGAGCAUGGAGAAUAAUCGUCGGCUUUGGUGGCGUCCCCGCCGUUUUCGCGCUGUAUUACCGGAUCACGAUCCCCGAAACACCCAGAUACACCUUUGAUGUUGGGCACGAUAUCGAAAAGGCUGAGGCCGAUGUGAAGGCUUACAUGAAGAACCAGAAAGAGGGGGUGGUCGAUCCCCUCUCUCAGCAACAGACGAAGGAAAGGAUGGGUAAGAAAUUGGCGGUACCCAAAGCAUCCUGGCCAGAUGUGUUCUCCUACUUCUCUCAAUGGCAGAACCUCAAAGUCAUCUUCUCGACAACGGCAUCCUGGUUUUUCCUCGAUUUGGCUUUCUAUGGCCUCGGGUUAAACAAUACCAUUGUAUUAAACGCUAUCGGCUACUACAAUGGCGACACAGUCUACGCUAGUCUUCUGCACACCGCCAUUGGUAAUCUCGUCCUCGUUUGUGCGGGCUCGAUCCCAGGCUACUGGACAUCAGUAGCAACUAUAGAUACCCUGGGCCGUAAGCCCAUCCAAAUCAUGGGCUUCUUUCUCCUCACCGUCAUCUUCGUCGUCAUCGGAUUUGCUUACCACGCGCUCUCUUCGAAAGCGCUCCUCGCCCUCUAUGUCCUAGCCCAAUUCUUCUUCAACUUUGGGCCCAACACAACUACCUUCAUCAUUCCAGGAGAAUGCUUCCCCACACGUUACCGCUCGACAGGACACGGAGUCUCCGCUGCAGGCGGCAAAAUUGGCGCCAUCAUUGCGCAGGUUAUUGCGAACCCCCUACUUGGUAAAGGCGCAUCACCGAAUUGCCAAGGCAUGCAAUGCUCGCCAUGGCUUCCGGUACGUUUUCCAACGCCCCUUUCCUCUCAGAUUUUCUUUUUACAGUUGUACAGUACAAAAGUGAAUUCCAACUCGUCCAAUCUUUCAUUUCCUCUCUUCUCAACCUCAUCACAAAAAAAGACUAAUCCCAUCCAGCAUCUCAUGCAAAUCUUCGCCCUCUUCAUGCUCUGUGGCACUAUCGUCUCCUUCCUCCUCCCCGAAACCAAAGGGCGGACACUGGAAGAGAUCGCCGGCGAAGUCUCCACAGCCCUCGACAUCCGGGAUGGGUCUGUCACCGUUUCCAACGGCUUCCUCGGCUGGUGGGCACGCUCUGGCCCCUUUUCCGGAGGAAAGCCAGCAGGCUUCAAUUACGUGAAAUCACCCAACCUAGGUCCAAAAAGUCCUGGGUUAAGAGGCAAGAGAGAGAGGCUAGGGAUUAUGACAAGUCCGGAAUUGUUGCCGAAGAAAGGGGAGAGGGGAAAGAAGGAACAUGGGCAGGCGAGGAGCGAGUCAAGUGCGAAUGGAUAUGACUGCUCUGUUUCGAGCACGAGCGGGCAUGCGGUCACAAGGAGGGCGGAUGAGAACGAUGAUAUAUAUUUAGCGGGAGCUGGGGGAGCGCUUCCUGGAUGGGGGGCAGGCUGGAGCGUGCAGAUGAAUGACGCUCAUCCACGGAGGACGAAUGGGAGGGUUGAGAGCAUCAUGUUAAAUGAUGUGGGGAAGUUAAUCAAUAAAUAGAGGACACUACGCCGGCGAAGCGGGAACCAACCAGCUAGGGGAAGGGAGAGAGGCCUAGGCCGAGGACCAUCGAGUCAGCGAGCCAGACGAAGGGAGAGAGGACCACGGGUGAAGUGACGGUUCGCGAGAGAGGAAGACAAUGCAUCACACGGCAUUUAAGAUCCGCGAAUCGACUCGGAGCGCUAGACUUUGGCUUUAGCUUUUGUAUGUAAAGAAACCAGAGCCGAGCGGAAGCGUCUUCAUGACCUG